UUGCCAUGGACGCCCUGGCGGCGCAUGACGCGGCGGCGGCGCGCGGGGUGAUGACGUCCGCGUGGCCUCCACGUCGUCUGGGCAGCCAAGAUGGCGGCGGCGGAGGGGAGCGGUGCCGGGGGGCCGUUGUUUGCAGGUCUUGCAGAUGUGUCAAUAUCUGAAGAUAUUCCAGUGGAAGGGGAGAUUACUGUUCCUGUCGGAUCUCACUCUCCUGAUGAAGAUUACUCUACACUGGAUGAGCCUGUUAGGGAUACUAUUAUGAGAGAUCUGAAGGCUGUUGGGAAGAAAUUUGUCCAUGUCAUGUAUCCAAAGAAGAGCAGUGCACUCCUCAGAGACUGGGAUCUUUGGGGCCCUUUGGUGCUUUGUGUCUCACUUGCACUGAUGCUUCAGGGUGGAUCAGCAGAUAGUAAAGAUGAUGGAGGGCCCCAAUUUGCUGAGGUCUUUGUCAUCAUCUGGUUUGGUGCAGUUGUCAUCACACUAAACUCAAAGCUUCUCGGAGGAACUAUAUCCUUUUUUCAGAGCCUGUGCGUUCUGGGUUACUGUGUCCUGCCCCUGACAGUAGCAAUGCUGGUGUGCAGACUGGUGCUGCUGGCAGGUUCUGGGACUGUCAGCUUCAUUAUACGUCUUAUUGUAGUAGUAGCUAUGUUUGGUUGGUCAACAUUAGCAUCUACAGCUUUCCUGGCAGACAGUCAGCCUCCGAACCGCAAAGCUCUUGUUGUCUACCCCAUCUUCCUCUUCUACUUUGUUAUCAGCUGGAUGAUUCUCACCUUCACACCUCAGUGAUCUCCAAUCGGAAGAGACUGUGUAAUACGGACUGGGAGUUUUUUCCAUGAACACUGCAGUUAAUCAUUGGCUUUAUCUCUCUCUAAUUUAUAUAUAUAGUUAUUGUAAAAAGGCAGGUUAUGGGAUAAAGCCAGAGAACUGCAAAAAUUGGUCAUUUGUGUGUCCCUCUUUUUGAAAGAUACAGAGGUCCAGCUGCUGAGGGGUUUUUUAUUUAGCCCUGCUCUUUAGUUUUGUUAAAUAAGAAAUGCCCAGUGUGAUAGGGAUUAUUCUAUCUGAGGAAUAGAGCAGGAGACUCUGGAAUUUCAAGACACUGGGUAGAUGAAGGUGAAGUUACAGGAUCACACGACUUGCCAGAAUUCUUGCUUGUGCUUGGAUUCUCACUGAAGAUGAAUAUGCCUUAUGAAAUAAUAGAACUUAAUUGCUGUUAUGUGUUAGGGAAGAAAUGUUGUUGACUCCUUUUUCAUUCACUUAGAAUGGUAAAAUGUAUAUAAAGUGCAUCAUAAGACUGUGAGCUUUCACUUUAAAAUUAGAUUUUAAUGAAAAAUAAGUUGGGUCCAUUUUGCAGUUAAUUGGAGCUGGGUGGAAGGGAACUGCCUUUGCUCACACUCCUGUAUUGCAUAUUUGUUUCAUCCCUUCAUAUGUCAAGAAAGAGUGUUUCAGCCAAAUGCCUUCAACACCAUAGUUACACUGACUAAUCCAUGUAUCUCAUGAGAGGGAGUGUGUUUACACUGGAUAGUUACAGAUCAUUCCAUGUGACCAUAGAUUAGAGAGUUAGAAGUCAUGGAGAAACAGUCACAACUGGUUUGCAACAGGGGCUUAGCUAUCACUCUGCAUAUUGAGAAUGGAAAGUUGUCUGGAGAGUACCAAGGAAAGUGUAUAUAUAUGUUUUUUUAAAAAAAAAAAAAAAGGUUGUUUGAAGUGAGUUGUGGUUUUGAGGUUUUGAUAUGCAGGAUGCUUGGGUGCUAACGUACCCCACCAGGACUUGUGCCCAAAAGUUUUAAAAUGGGUCGGAGGAGGGAAAAUAAAUCAUGAUGAAGGUGGUGGCUGUUAUGAAGUAGGAAUGAAUUCCGGUCUUAAUUGCUUGUAUGUGACUUUCAUUUACCUGGACAGCAUUUCAACAUAAUGCAUACAAAUUAGCAUACUGUUUCUCUGUACUUAUAAUGAGAUGUGAGAACCUUUUCUAUAGUGUGGGGUUUUUUGUUUUUUUUUUUAUUUUUUUUUGGGGUUUUUUUGUUUUUUUUUUUGUUUGUUUGUUUGUUUGUUUUUUUUUUUUGUUUUGUUUUUUCUUUUUUUCUUAAUACUUUCGUAAAAGAGGAGGAGGCUUUCUCCUCCAAUUCCCUGUAGGUGCACUUAUGUACCUUGCCUGGAAAACCAUAUACAGGUGUACAAGUGUGUAAUUUAUAUUUCAGCAUGGGGAUUGCAACCUGUAGAAUUGCUUUUUGAAAACUGUACAGAAACUAUUUAUGUUGCCCCUUAUUUUCAGUAAGCAAUUCAAGGGGGGAGCUUUGUAACAUCUGGAGGUGAAAAAGCUGCUGUUAAAAUGUCACUUUUCCUGGAAAUGAGCAUCAUAUUUCCUUUUUCCUGUAGUAAUGCAGAUAGAUCUGAAGUUGAUGUAUGUGGGUCCUGCUGAGGUGUAAAUACACCUAAUUUAUAUUUAUAUAUAAGUGCAGUUUCUGCUAUAAACACUAUAAGUAUUUGAUAGUUGGGAUGGAAAUUUCUAAAUAUGCUAAUUAAAAGUACAUUUUUGCAUUUCUGGGACUGUGGAGAAGUCGGGAAGGAAAAAUGAGUUGCUCUCAGCAGGGACCCCGCUUUGCUGCGGAACAGUCGUUACUGACGAGUACGUGUGAAGCUGAUGGCUGUUCUUGCUCCCUGCCUUGCGCCUCCGUCCGUGGCUGUUCCAAGGUGCUGCAAGAGGAGCUGCAGCAUUUUGUAGACAUGGGUAUACCAUGGAAAUGGACAGUUUUUAAACUUCCAUUAAAUUAUGACUGGUA